AUGUAUGCACAACUUCCCAUUCUGCCUUUCAAGAGAGCGGGUUACGUAUUAAUGAUGGCUCGUUCAAAGGAAGACAAUACUAUAACCCUCGUUGCCUCAGCUGUCAUUGUCUUUGUCGCUGGGAUAAUCAUACACGCAUUUGUCAUUUUUGGGAACAUCGUUGACUGGAUGAGAGGAAGACCACUAGCUUCUACUGACCAGAUUAUCACCUCCCUCGAGAUAUCAAGGGCCAUCUUCCUGUUAUCCUGCUUGUUUGAUGCCGUUUGGAACUUUUUAGUAAAAAGGGCGAUAGCAGUUAGAAUUCUCUUUCAGUUUGUCCGGGUUACUUCCAACUACUCCUGUGUGUGGUUUUUGACUCUGCUCUCCGUAGUCUUCUGCUUGAAGAUUUCCAUCUUCCACAAUGUUUUCUUUCAAUGUCUGAGGAGCGUCAUAUCUCCAAGAGUCACCCAUCUGAUUGUCGGUUCCGUGUUGAUAUCAGCCCUUGAGGCCUCGGUGAAUAUCUAUAUUGCUAACUUUGAAUUGGCAAAAAAUGAGACUGUUGAUUUUACACUCGAUUUCACCCAUCUGAACGUUCAGCUUUUCUUGCUAUGGAAUAUGACGCCAUUCCUAAUCUACCUCAUGGCAGCUGUCCCUCUGAUUGCCUAUCUCUGUCUCCAUGUCAGGAGAAUGAAACGUGAAACCAAGACAACUCACCUGGAUUCCUACUACAAGGCUAUAUGGUUUACCACCGUCUCUUUCUUCAGCUGUGUAAUCCACAUUUCUGUAAAUGUUAAUCCGGCCAAUUUUGCUUCCGUCAUUGACGUGGCUUGGCUUUAUGUUGUUGUGAAUAUUCUUCCCAUUUUUCAUUCUAUUUUCCUGAUCUUUGCUGUUAACAAACUUCAUAAACAGUUGUCCUGGAUUCUUCAACAAGGGACCAAACGUUGCUCUGUUAUUAGAGGUUCUGGGACCCGUUGUGACAAUCAUUGA